UCCAAGAGUGACACCCCUUACCUCGCAGAGGCCAGGAUCUCCUUCAAUCUUGGGAGAGAGAGAUCAUAUGAAGCAGAGAUGGGAAACGACCUUCUAAGUUAUCUGCUCCAUUCCCCUUUCAAUGAAGCUGACGAAGUGGAAAGACUGGCUGCAAUGCGUUCAGACUCUCUAGUACCAGGCACCCACACUCCUCCAAUCAGGCGAAGAAGUAAGUUUGCCAAUAUAGGAAGGAUUUUCAAGCCAUGGAAAUGGAGGAAGAAGAAGAGUGAAAAGUUCAAACACACUUCUGCAGCUCUGGAAAGAAAAAUAUCAAUGAGGCAAAGCAGAGAGGAGCUGAUAAAACGAGGAGUCUUGAAGGAAAUCUAUGAUAAAGAUGGGGAGCUUUCCAUACCAAAUGAAGGAUCAUUGGAGAAUGGGCAGGCUCUGAGCUCCAGCCAGAUUUCACUACCAGGCCUAGCAGAACUGGAAUCCGGUUCCGCGUCUGGGGAACCCUGUUCGUAUGAGGUGCUCCCAACCACAGAUAUCAUGGAUGGGACAGUGUCUGAAGAGAGCCCCAGAUCCAGUGAGUCUGGAGUCCUCCUGUCCCAAGAUCCUUCAGCUAAACCAGUCCUGCUACUUCCCCCCAAAAAAUCUGCUGCUUUCCCUGGAGACCAUGAGGACACCCCAGUGAAACAGCUGUCCCUCCUCAAACAGCCCCCUGCCCUGCCUCCUAAACCCAUUGCCAGGAUUGCCAACCACUUAACUGAUCAUGGCGGUCCUAUGAAACUGCCUUGUAUGCCAGUUAAACUAUCGCCUCCGCUACCUCCAAAGAAAGUCAUGAUUUGCAUGCCUUUAGGGGGGCCAGACCUCUCUCUUGCAUCCUAUUCCAUGCAGAAGAGUUCCCAGCAGCCUUUGGCUCCACACCACCACUCUGUACUGCCAUCCCAAUUAGCAGCACACCAGCACCAGCUUCCGUACGGCAGCCACAGCCAGCAUCUGCCUUCUGGAUCCAGCUCAUUGCCUAUUCACCCUUCAGGGUGCCGGAUGAUAGAUGAAUUGAACAAGACACUGGCCAUGACCAUGCAGAGGCUAGAAAGCUCUGGUUUACACCCGGGUGACAGUGUCACGAAAACAGGACCUGGAGGCCUUUCAGACAUGAGACAAGUGCCAACCGUUGUGAUCGAAUGCGAUGACGAUAAAGAAAAUGUGCCUCAUGAAUCUGAUUAUGAAGAUUCUUCCUGCCUUUACUCAAGAGAGGAAGAGGAUGAUGAGGAAGAUGAGGAUGAUGAUAGCUCAUUAUUUACAAGUUCUCUGGCAAUGAAAAUCUGCAGGCAGGAUUCUUUAGCAAUCAAACUUAGCAACAGGCCCUCCAAACGAGAGCUGGAGGAAAAGAACAUCCUCCCAAAGCAGACUGAUGAGGAGAGACUUGAACUGAGGCAGCAGAUUGGAACAAAGCUAACAAGACGACUGAGCCAGAGGCCCACUGCUGAGGAACUGGAGCAGAGGAACAUUCUGAAACCUCGGAAUGAGCAAGAGGAGCAGGAGGAAAAACGGGAGAUAAAGAGAAGAUUAACACGCAAGCUGAGCCAAAGGCCCACAGUGGAAGAGCUGCGUGAGAAAAAGAUCCUCAUCCGCUUCAGUGACUACGUGGAAGUGGCAGAUGCUCAGGACUAUGACAGGAGGGCGGACAAACCCUGGACGCGACUCUCAGCCGCCGACAAAGCAGCCAUUCGAAAAGAGCUCAAUGAAUUUAAAAGCACUGAAAUGGAGGUUCAUGAAUUAAGCAAGCAUCUAACAAGGUUUCAUAGACCGUAGCAGUUCAAUUCUACUUGACUACUAUGCCAUCUUUAAAACCUAACUAAAAAGAACCGUAAGUGCUGGUAUUAUUCACUUCCUGUUGCGUACAAUGUAAAUCUUCUGAACUGCCUUUUUAAAAUAAUUAAAUUAAAGAGAUAAAUGAAAAUAAAGGGGGGGAGAAGCAAAAAUGGAAAUUGUACUUACAUGUGAUGGGUACUGCUACAUCAUCAGACCUGCUGGCACAAGCUUCGAUAAUAGAAAAUACCCCUGGUGGGAAUCAUACCAAGAGCUGGCAUCUAUGUUUAUGACUUCCUGGCAUGUGGAUUCACCAUAUUUGUCCAAGCCCAACUGGUAAUGCGUCCAUUCUGUCUUCAGUCACCGCGCAUCCUUGCAAGCAUCUGUCGCCUGACUCCAAAGAAAGCUGAGGCACUUGGUGGUGUUCUGGGAAUGACUGUGCUGGGUGAAGCCUCCAAGAGGCCUGCAGCCACGUUAAAGCACUUUUAGUCCAAACACUUCAUUCAGUUUAGGAGCACCUUAGAAGGACAAUGAGGGAGGAGAACUGCUCUCAGGACCUGCCCACUUUCCGAGUACAAAGAAAUUCACUUUCCAUGGAGGAGUUUGUGACUGGUUGAUCAUCACCAUUUUGGUUCACAAGAACAAGAACAGCAUUCCUUACUGAAGGGUGGUUUGGCUCAAUCAACUUUUUGUUUUCCAAACCUAAUUAUGACUCCACAAACAUUAAAAACAAUAAUAUUGGUAAAUAACAAGCGAAAGGCACUGCCUUGACCUUGUGUAGUCAUUGGUACCUGUGCCUAGUGAUCGUAAAGGCGUGUAGAGCACAAUCAAAUCAGAAUAGCUGGGUUUUCCCUCCAGUUCACACAGGUGUAAGGCAGCAGUGACUCAGGUCCAAGGUCUGGAUUCCAAGAAGGUAUCCAUGGGAUAUGUAUUAUUCUGUAUGUCUGAAAUUUUUAAAGGGCAGAUUGGGCAUGUACAGGCCUGCACUUCAAUCAUAUUGAGAAUAAUCUUUUCUUGGUUCUGGUGUAGCAAAACGUGGGCCUCGUGUAACAAAAAUAUACUAUUGUAUUGUUAUGGAUGGCUCAGAAUUGUCUGCAGUAUUUAGAACCAAGGCAAUAGGCAAAAACCCAGAGGCUUUUUUAUACUGGCAUGCUUUUAUCUGUUAAAAUGGCCACUUACAGCUCAGUACUACAAGGGGGUGAUCACUCUAGC